CGGGAGGAGGCGGGUGCUGGCACUCGGGCUGGAUCGGGUGCGCGGCGAAGGCGCUGUCUGUGUAGGUGUCUUAGCCCGUGUCCGCUGCUGUGUCACUGCGUCUGGGAACGGUGCUUUCACUGUUCGACCCGGGGACUUCAGAUGGAGGUAUUUCCUGAAGUCAGAGCGAUCAUUGAUUUAAACAUCUUCAAGGACAAGGCAAAUGAGGCAUUGAAUAUUAUUCAAUCAGGCAAAUCAAUUGAAAAGUGUAAGAAUUAUGGAAAUAGUUAUGAAGUUAUUGAUUCAUUUGAAAAGAUUAAUGACAUUCACACACAGUUGUUGAAACUUAAGAUGAGGCCCUCUGGAGUGGAACCUUCCAGGUCCUCUCGAACAGAAACUUGCAGGUCCUCUGGAGCAAAAUCGACCAGGCCUUCAGGCACAGAGUCCUCCAGACCUUCUGAUGACACCACCACCAGGUCUCCUGAUGCAGAGUCCGCCAGGUCUUCUUCCAAUUUUGAGGUACCAGUAAAUGAAACAAUUCUGAAUUACAUUACAGAGAUUUAUGGGGGCAUGUUGCAAAAGUUAGAGAAAGACUUUGAUGUUUCCAUGAAGAAGAUCUGUUCUGGAGACAGCGUUAUUACAGUCCAGUAUGUAAAUAACAAGAAUGGUUCAGUGUCCCGUGGAGCAACAGAUUCAUUUGUGACUCUGUUUCAACAAAUUGCUACGAACUUAAAAAUGGAAGUGAUAAAGAACCCAGGUAGAAGAACAAUAAAAAAAGAUACUGGAGCAUCUCUGCAAAAGAAGUUUCCAAAGGUUUUGCUUACUACUAAGGAUACAGAGUUUGUUAUAAUUGGAGAGCCUGCUGAUGUCAUUAGCUGCGCACAUAUCCUGAAAUUUCAACUCGGCCACUUGGAUACCUAUUCAGUUCCUGAUGCUGCAAGUUCAAAUAAGAAGUCACCUUUGACAUCGGAAUUGAAGUCUAAGUUGUAUUCGGCUUCAGCAAGUAAAUUGGAGGCUGGAGUUGAGGACUCGAUCUGCCCAAAUUGUGGUCGAGUAAGUGAAGAUCAAGAAACUUUAAGAAAAUGUAAGCAUUCAUUCUGUAAGGACUGCAAAAAUAUGGCUUUUAAACCCAAGUUUGCAUGUCCCAUGUGUGAAGAAUUUGGUUCUGCCAGGCCUUCUGACAUCAAUUCCACCAGGUCCUCUUCCAAUUUUGAGUUCCCAGUAAAUGAAACAAUUCUGAAUUACAUUACAGUGAUUUAUGGGGGCAUGUUGCAAAAGUUAGAGAAAGACUUUGAUGUUUCCUUGAAGAUGAUCCCUUCUGGAGACAAUGUUAUUACAGUCCAGUAUGUAAGUAACAAGAAUGGUUCAGUGUCCCGUGGAGCAACAGAUUCAUUUGUGACUCUGUUUCAGCAAAUUGCUACGAACUUAAAAAUGGAAGUGAUAAAGAACCCAGGUAGAAGAACAAUAAAAAAAGACACUGGAGCAUCUCUGCAAAAGAAAUUUCCAAAGGUUUUGCUUACUACUAAGGAUACAGAGUUUGUUAUAAUUGGAGAGCCUGCUGAUGUCAUUAGCUGCGCACAUACCCUGAAAUCUGAAUUUAGCCAUCUGGAUACCUAUUCAGUUCCUGAUACUACAAGUUCAAGCAGGAGGUCAGCUUCAACAUCGGAAUACAAGUCUAAAGUGUAUUCUGCUUCAGCAAGUAAAUUGGAGGCUGGAGUUGAGGACUCGACCUGCCCAAUUUGUUUGGAAGAAAUUGAAGAUCGAGAAACUUUAAAAAAGUGCAAACAUUCAUUCUGUAAGGACUGCAUAAAUGAGGCUUUUAAAACAAAGUCUGCAUGUCCUAUUUGUGGAGAAUUGUAUGGUGAGAUAAUAGGAACUCAACCUGAGGGUGGCAGGAUGACUUCGAGAAACCUGCCAGUACGCCUUCCUGGUUAUGAAAAAUGUGAAACAAUUGAGAUACACUAUACAAUACCAGAUGGCAUUCAGGGGGCAGAACAUCCUCACCCUGGCCAAAGAUAUUAUGGCACAACACGUAUUGCGUACCUGCCGGACAAUGCUGAAGGAAGAAAGGUGUAUAAGUUACUGAAGCGUGCUUUCGAUCAAAGGCUGAUCUUCACUGUUGGAACAUCUAGCACGACAGGGAGAAGUAAUGUGGUAACAUGGAAUGAUAUUCAUCACAAAACAAAUACAGCAGGAGGACCAUCAAUGUUUGGGUAUCCUGAUCCAACCUAUCUGGUACGAGUGCAGGAUGAGUUGAAGGCCAAAGGCAUUUUCUGAAAUAUGAUGUGGAGGUGCCGGUAUUGGACUGGGGUAGAUGAGGUCAGUCGUCAUGUGACACAAAGUUAUAGUCCAAUAGGUUUAUUUGAAAUCACAAGCUUUUUGAGCACUGCUCAUUCGUCAGUUGGAGUGCUGACUCCAGCUUUUGAAGGAACAGCACUCCAAAAGCUUGUGAUUUCAAAUAAACCCGUUUAUCUAUAUCCUGAUGCCAUGUGACUUUUGACCUGAUACUGAAAUACACCAAUUACAGUGGUUGAGUAAAAUAAUUCUGUGUAUUUUGGGAAUUACUGCUCCACGUGAAUUUCAAAAUGAUUUUAUUAACAGCAAUCAUUUUGGACCAGCUUUGCCUCAUGCAAAAUUGUUUCUCAAAAUGCAUUUAUGUGUGAUCAUAUUAAAAAUAUUGUAAUUUAAUUUUGCUCAGUAGAUGUAUGAAGAGUUUUAACUUCCACCUGUCAGAUAUUUAACUGGGAUGUGUUUCCACCUAUUAUGUAAAUAUGGUAAGUAUUCUAUGUUGUUGAAACCAUUGGAUCUGUAAGGGUGUGCAUUUUGUCACUUCCAUCUGGAAAGUCCUUUUUUAAUUUCAAGCCCAAAUACAAAACCAAACUUCAGGCCAUCUUCCAAGUGUUUGUAACCAAUAGCAUUUAAAUUUCUGCUGAAAAGCAGAAGGAAAGUAGAUUCAGUCUACACUGCAAUGAAAGCUAUCAGGAGAGAGAGAAAAACUGAAAUUACAAAACUACACCAACUGCCUAUGGCGAUUUUCAUGAGUUGCUCUUGCCAGUCUCUGCACCGCAGACCCGCUUCACUCAUCUGGACUUUCCUUUCACUCCAGAGAAGUUAUAAAGUGAACUCAUGCAUACAGCACAAUGCUGUUAUUUUUGCACAGAUCUCAGAGCAUAGAAGGAGGUAGCAAAAAAGUAGAAAAAAGAAUCACACCAAGAAUAGGUUAGUAAAAAUUAAGGAAGGCGAUCAAUAUUGAAAGAGUAAUAAUAAUUAGUAACAAAACAACACUUGAAGGCAUUUCCUUGGCAUCAUUAUUACAACCUAGAUCCAAAUAGCUUGACAUUUCAAUUAAUCAUAAUUUAACUUCCCUGCGUGUUUUUCUUUGGAUAUUUACAAUGACUAGGAGAAAUUGAAUUUUCCUGAAGAAACCAAAUUGUGAUCUGUAAGCUGAUGCUAAAACAGUUAAAAUUUCUGGCAGUUGGCAGCCACUGUGAACAGUGAUAUUUUAUAGUAGGUUAAUAAGGUUUUAGGAAACUAGGAAAUUUAUUAAACAUCUGGAAGAAUAUCACUCAUAAUUCAUGUACAUUAUUUUCAUUUUGAGCUUCCAUACAACAAAUGUAAGGUAUGCUUCUUGUGUCAUUGACCUUAGUGCUACCACAUUUAAUUGGAAUAAUUGCUAUUUAAGACCGUACACAAACUGUAAGCUUGAACUUGUCUUUCUAGUUUAUAAAUGCUCAGUCACCAGAUUGAAUCACUGCUUUAGUCUUGCUAUUCCAUUACAUAUAGUCUGUUCUGAAGUAGUGCCCAGAAUCUUUUGUUAACUGGUAGAAAAAUUGGUGUUGGAUUAUGGAGAAUUGCCUUUGAAAUGCUGUGUGAUUGAAUCAAACAAGCACUUGCAGCAAUUUCAAAUUGCUCUCUGCUAUUUUAACUGUUCCUAUAUUCACCCAGAGUAUUUACCUUAAUAUCUGAUUGUGGUAUCCUGAUGUAUUAAUUCCCAAUUUAAAAGUUGCAUCAGCUUGCAUAUUUUGAAAUUACAUCUGUGGCUGUGUUAAAUUUAAUAAAAAUAAUGCUGGUGCCAAUGCCAUAACUUACUACAAUAAAUUUCCAUGCUUUAAAAUAAA